AUGGCUUCGAAAGGAGAGACCGAGAGUUUGAGCGAGGAGGUAAUUUGUCCCAUCUGCGUGGAUUGCUUCACCGAUCCGGUUAUACUAGAGUGCGGACACAACUUCUGUCGCUCUUGUAUCACACGGUGUUGGGAAAGGGAGGAGAGAAACUCCUGCCCGGAAUGUAGAGAGGUGUUUGCUGACCGCACCCUCAGGGUGAAUCGGGCCUUAGCAAAUCUGGCUGAAAAAGCUCGAAAUCUAAACCUGAAUCCGAAAGGGAAGGAAAGUAAACUUCACUGCGAGGAACAUGAGGAAGAACUGAAGCUGUUUUGUGAAACGGACAGGACACUGAUCUGUGUGAUCUGUGCAGCUGCGCUGGAACACAGAGAGCAUCGAUUCGUGCUGAUUGAAGAAGCUGUUAAAAUCUACACGGAUCAGCUAAAAUCUUCCUUAGACUCUCUCACAAAAAAGAAAUCAGACUUCCAGGAAAAGGAGCAGCAACAGAAAGAGAAGAUUUCCGGAGUUCGGGAACAGUCACACAGCCUUCAGUUCCACAUCACAUCCCAGUUUGCUGAACUGCGCCAGAUUAUCACUGAGAAAGAGCAGAGCUUCCUCAGGGAUCUCAGGGAAGAAGAGAAGAGGAUUCUCAACCUAAUGGAGAAAAAUCUUAUAGUUCUUCAAGAGAAUAUAAGGAUUAUUCAGGAGGAAAUCACUAAGUUAAAGGAAAAGAUGGAUCAAAAAGACAAUGUGAUAUUUCUCAAGGAGGAAGCUGGUCGGAACAGGAGGAUUAGUGACCAUGUUCAGGAAUUGGCAGUGACAGAUGAGACCCUACCGUUUGAAAAAUUUGAUCACCCCUAUUUGUUGAACACAGUGCUGAGAGAAAUGCUUGAUGCUAUUAAUCGAGUCUCUGUCACCCUGGAUGUGGACACGGCGAGUCCGUGUCUCGAGGUGUCUGAGGAUCGGAAGAGUGUGAGAUGGACCGAGUCCCGGAGGAAUCUCCCUGACACCGGGAAGAGAUUCACAUUCUGGAAAUGUGUGCUGGGAUCGGAGGGAUUCACAUCGGGGAGACAUUACUGGGAGGUGGAGGUGACGGAGAAUCGGUUCUGGUGGCUGGGAGUCGCCGCAGAGUCUGUUGAGAGGAUGAGAUGGUGCAGACUGAGACCGGAGACCGGAUUCUGGGUCAUCGGGCGGUUUGGUGACGUGUUACAUCGGGAUUGUGACGUAAUCCGUGAUCUCACCUCCCCCGAGACCCGUCUCGCUGCCGGUUCCAUCCCCGGGAGGGUGGGAGUUUAUCUCAGUUACGAGUCCGGGACAGUUUCAUUUUACAACGCGGAGACCAAGUCCCAUCUCCACACCUUCACUGGGAAUAAAUUCACGGGGAAACUUUAUCCUUCCUUCCGGACUGUGGAUGAAAACCAGUGGCUGAGAAUCUGCUCCGGUUCCACUCCGGGUCUGUAAACGGGUCCAGUCCCGGGACCGGGGUCAGGAGUAAAGUCCCUGUAAAUAUAAAUGUGCGGAGAGUGCAGCUAAAUACGUGGCUAAGGAGAUGGUGGAGGAGGGAGGGCUUCAUGUUUCUGGACAAUUGGGCUUUGCUCCCGGGAAGGUGGGGCCUGUUCGGACGGGACGGUUUGCCCUUGAACUGGAGGGGGACUAACAUUAUUGCAGAUAGAUUUGCUAGUGCUGCUCCGGGGGAUUUAAUUUAGAUUUGCAGAGGGAGGGGUACCAGAGUUUUAGAGCAGAUAGUGAGGUGGAGGAGGAUAAGGAACAUGAGAGGACUGCAUAUAUAGAUGGAAAUGAAAAAAAAAGUUUUAUGCAUGAUAUAAAUAUUCUCAUGUACAUCUAUUUCAUUGCACGGAGUAUUGUCGGUAAAACAGAUGAGUUUAGGGCUUGGGUUGACACGUGGGAUAACGUCAUUACUGCUAUCAGUGAAACGGUGGCAGGAGGGGCAGAAUUGGCAACUUAUUGUUCCGGUGAAAUUGCAGAAGGGCCGAUUUUGUGGAAAUGAAAAGGGAUCUAGGAAGAGUGGGUUGGGAUUUUUUUUUUCUGGCAAGGAUGUGUUCAGUAAAUUCAAAGGCGAAAUUUUGAGAGUGCAGAGUUUGCAAGUUCCUGUCAGGAUUAAAGGUAAAGUUAACAGGCUUAGGGAACCUUGGUUUUCAAGGGAUAUUAGCGAUCUAUUUAAGAAAAAGGGAGAAGUGUAUAGCAGGUAUAGGCAACAAAGAACAAUGAGGUACUUGAAGAGUAUAGAAAAUGUAAGAAAAUACUAAAGAAGGAAAUCAGGAAGGCAAAAAGACAUGAGGUUGCUUUGGCAGAUAAUGUGAAGGGAAACACACCGGAUUUCUACAAAUAUAUUGAGAGUAAAUGGAUAGUAAGAGACAGAAUUGUUCCCUGGAAGAUCGGAGUGUGGAGCCUCACAAGAUGGGGGAGAUCUUAAACAGUGUUUUUGCAUCAGUAUUUACUCAGGAAACUGGCAUAGUGUAUAUGGAAGGAAGGGAAACAAGCAGUAGUGUCAUGGAACAUUUGUAGAUGAAAGAGGUGGAGGUGCUUGCUGCCUUACAGCACAUAAAGGUAGAUAAAUCAACCGGGCCUGACUUGAUAUUUUCUCUGACCUUGAGAGAGACUAGAGUAGAAAUUGCAGGGGCCCUGGCAGAAAUAUUUAAAAUGUCCUCAGCCAUGGUUGCAGUGCCGGAGGAUUGGAGGGUAGCUCUUGUUAUUCCAUUGUUUAAAAAAGGCUCCAAUAGUAAACCAGGUAAUUACAGACCAGUGAGCCUGACAUCAGUAAUAGGUAAAUUAUUGGAAGGUGUUCUGAGAGAUCAGAUAUACAAGUAUUUGGACAGCCAAGGGCUGAUUAAGGAUAGUUAGUAUGGCUUUGUGCAUGGUAGAUCGUGUUUAAUGAAUGUUGUAGAGAUUUUCGAGGAGGUGACCAAGAAAGUAGAUGAAGGAAAGGCUGUGGAUGUUGUCUACAUGAACUUUAGUAAGGCCUCUGACAAGGUCCCACAUGGGAGGUUAGUUCAAAAGGUUCAGACACUAGGUAUCCAUGGAGAGGUUGUUAACUGAAUUCGAAAUUGGCUGUGUGGGAGAAGACAGAGAGUGCUAGUGGAUGAUUACUUCUCAGACUGGAGGCCUGUGACUAGUGCUGUGUCUCAGGGAUCUGUGCUGGGACUAUUGUUGUUUGUUGUCUAUCUCAAUGAUAUAGAUGUGGUCAAUUGGAUCAGCAAUUUUGCUGAUGACAACAAGAUUGGAGGCGUUGUGCACAGCGAGGAAGGCUUUCAAAGCUUGCCGAGGGAUCUGGACCAACUGGAAAAAUGGGCCAGAAAAUGACAGAUGGAAUUUAAUGCAGACAAGCGUGAGGUAAUGCAUUUUGGAAGGACAAACCAAGGUAGGACAUACACAGUAAAUGGUAGGGCACUGAGGAGUGCGGAGAAAAAAAGGGAUCUGUGAGUUCAGGUACAUAAUUCCCUGAAAGUGGCGUCACAGGAAGACAGGGUUGUAAAGAAGGCUUUUGGCAUACUGACAUUCAUAAUUCUAAGUACUGAGUACAGGAGUUGGGAUGUUAUGCUGAGAUUGUAUAAGGCAUUGGUGAGGACAAAUUUGGAGUAUUAUUUGCAGUUCUGCUCAUCUAACUAUAGGAAGGAUAUCAGUAUGAUUCAAAGAGUGCAGAGACGAUUUACUAGGAUGUUGCCAGGUCUUCAGGAGUUGAGUUACAGGGAAAGAUUGAACAGGUUAGGACUUUAUUCCUUGAAGCGUAGAAGAACGAGGGGAGAUUUGAUCGAGGUUUACAAAAUUACGGGGGAUAUAGACAGUAAAUGCGAGUAGGUUCUUUCCAUUUAGAUUAGGAACGAUAAAUACGAGAGGACAUGGUUUUAGGGUGAAAGGGGAAAGCUUUAGGGGGAACAUGAGGAGGAACUUCUUCACUCAGAGAGUGGUGGGAGUGUGGAACGAGCUGCCAUCUGACGUGAUAAGUGCGGGCUCCCUCUUAAAAAUAAAUUGGAUAGACGCAUGGAUGGGAGAGGUUUGGAGGUUUACGGACUGGGUGCAGUUCAAUGGGACGAGCGGAAUAAAGUUUCUGCACAGACUAGAAGCGCCGAAUGGGCUGUUUUCUGUGCUGUAGUGUUCUAUGGUUCUAUGGAGUGAAAUAAACACGAGAUGAGAAUUAUCGAUCGAUUAAUUUUAACUCGUUCACAGCAUCCGUCAACCAAACAGAAACAGCGGGGAUUCAGCAGCAGCCGCGGGCGGCUGGUCCUGAGCUCCCCCGGGUCCUAAGGUCCACCCGUAAUGAGACAGGUUAAAUGGGACAAGUAGGGGCGUUGCUGACGGGAAAAGGCAGUGAAGAUGGUUCAUUAAGUUCAUUUGCAAUUGCUUUGUUCCCCAUUACUACUUCACCAGCAUCAUUUUCCAGUGGUCUAGUGUCAACUCUCAUCUCCCUUUCACUCUUCAUGUAACAGAAAACUAAACUUUUAGUAUCCUGAUUUAUAUUAUUGGCUAGUUUGCCCUCAUAUUUCGUCUUGACCAUUCUUAUGGCUUUUUUCGUUGCCUUUUGUUGGAUUUUAAGAGCAUCCCAAUAAUCCAAAAUCCCACUCACCUUUGCUACCUUCUAUGCCAUUUCCUUAGGUUUAACACAAUUAUUACAUGCAUUUUCCAGCUCAAACUGUGAAUUAAUUUAGUC